AUGAAAAUCCAUUAUACUAAUAUAUUAUUGUUUCCUCUAAAAUUAAAUAUAUUGGUAAAUACCCACAAAAAACCAUCAAUUACAUCACGUCAUAUACAAACUACCAGAUUAUUAUGCGAAUGCGAAUUAUAUACACCCAAUUAUGACAACGAUCCUGAAAUGAAAUCUGUGAUGCAACAAUUUCAUGAUCGUACAACACAAAGGUUUCAUGAAUACGAUGAAAAUUUGAAAGAAAAACGACAAAAAUGUAAAGAUAAAUGUGAUAAGGAAAUCCAAAAAAUUAUUUUAAAAGAUAAAAUUGAAAAAGAAUUAACAGAAAAGUUUUCUUCAUUACAAACUGAUAUACAUAGUGAUGCCAUUCCAACAUGUAUUUGCGAAAAAUCAUUAGCAGAUAAAGUGGAAAAAAAUUGUUUGAAAUGUACGCAAAAUUUGGGAAAGAUUGUUGCACCCUCUUCAGGAGUAUUAGCAGGAAUUUCUGAAGCUGCGCUAAGUGUGUGGAAAACUACAGAAAUUGCAGCGGCUAUGGAAUUAGCUAAACAAGCAGGUGCAGCAGCAGGUCUUAAAGCAGGACAUUUGGCAGGUACUAAUGCUGUUAUUGAACAAUUACGCACAUUGGGUAUAUACUUUGUAGGUGAUAAACUAUUGGAAACAAUUAUUGAUGUAACAAAUUAUAUGAAUGUGUCUUUCAUUUAUGAUAAAGUUUAUUCUCAUUAUACCACGUCAUGUACACCUAGUUUAGUUAAUGAUCAGCUUGUCGGUACUUUUAACACUAGUGAUCCUUUUUGCAAUUUGGUUCAUUCAAAUCUUCAAGGUAGUUUUUAUAGAAGUUCAGCACAAACUAUUAUAUAUGAAAAGGUAGAAGAAGCUGUUGCAGGAGCUGAACAAGCUGCUACUACCAAAACUGCGGUCAUGACUCCUAUAUAUACAACAGAAUUUACAGCAAAAAACAUAGCCGAAGUAGAAGCUGCAACUACUUCCUACUAUACUCCUAUAAUAGCAUCCAUCGUUGCAAUAGUAAUCAUAGUUUUAAUUAUGGUUAUAAUAUAUUUGAUUUUACGUUAUCGCAGAAAAAUGAAAUUGAAGAAAAAACUCCAAUAUAUAAAAUUAUUAGAAGAAUAA